GCUAGCAUACAUAAAAUGCAUAAAAAAUAUAAAGAUUAACUACGCUGGGUAGUGUAAAAAGCAAAAGUAAAAGUUACGCGUAUACGCAUUGAGCUUGAAUUAAGACCACGUGGUGUGCACUACGAGCGACAAACAUCGAGAGGCUGAUUUUUCUUCUUUAUAGUUUGUACUAACAAGUCGCAGUGGUGCCAAGGCAACAUCAAAAUGAGCUGGGACUGGGCUGUUGGCGGCAUUACAGAUGAGAUACCACGCACUACGGGACCCGAGUGCAUCAACUAUAUGACGGAUCGGCGACGCUGGACAGAGUCCGCGCUGCUGUCCAUGCUCUUUAUCUACAUCAUGUACAAUGCGUGGAAAAACUUGGCGCCCAUUAGGCUGCCGCCAGUGCAGGAAAUACAGAAAUCACAUAGUUGUAUGCGCAUGUUUUUGCUGAUAAGUAUGUCCACAAUCUUUGGCAUUGAGAUGGGCUUUAAGCUGGCGGGACGGUCCAUGAUCUUUACACUCAAUCCCUGUCAUGUGCAGACUUGUGUGCAGAUAUAUUUGCUGGCGGCGAAGCCCACAAAGGUAUCCACAGCAUUGUUUCGCAUACAGAUGAGCAAUCUGAAUGGACCAUUUUUGGCAUUCAUUUUUCCGGAGGUGGAGGGACGCACAUUCCCCUUCGAGCAGGCUACCUAUUGGAUACAACAUGCACUGCUCUAUAUAAUCCCCAUUUAUAUAUUGCGUAGUGGUGCAUAUACUAUAGAGGACUUUGGGGACUUAAAAUGGGUCAAAAUAGGCACUGCAUUUAUGCUAUUCUAUCACUUUGUGUUGCUGUCGCCUCUUUCUAUAUUUACGGGCAUUAACUUGGAUCAUAUGCUGUGCGCCGCUCUGGCGGAUCCAUUCCAAGGUCAGAACUAUAGACUGUGCGCCUGCUGUCAUCAGGCGCUGCUGUGUCCCCUGUUAGCCAAGGGUACUGCCUUAUUGUUUGCCUCCCGAAAGAGUAUAGCGCAUGAGAAUGGUGUGCAUAAUGUGAUGAGCAUGGGUGCCGAGAUGUAUCCACAAACAUUGACGGAUCACCCCAUGUAUCAUCAGCUGCCGCUGCAACAGCAAACCGGAGAAUAUGCCACUGCCGAGGAGGCUACGGAAAACUUGCUGCGCCAUAGAUACAAUGCGCAGGCUGGGAAUCCGGAUGAAAUCAAUGCUAUUACAGCUGAGUACACAAUGCCCACGACUAAGAUUGACUAGUAUAGCGCGAAAUGUAGUCUAUUUUACAAGUCAAUUAACAAUCUAUAGCAAUUUUUGGUUGAGAUAUCUAAACACACCUAACACAUUAGGAGGUCUAACUAAUAAAAGACGUGUAUAUAAUAGACAUAUAUAACUUUAAGGCUACAAAUUCAUGCUCAUUGAGGUUCUACUUCUAUCUAUAUGCAUAAGUAUAAAGUAAAAGCCGUUAUAAAACUUAUAAACUUGUUCAAUUAUACGAAUACAUAUAUUUUAUAAAUUGCCUAUUUUCCUA